CCAUCGAAAAACGCAUCAACCGUGAUCGGAAUCGGGUGAAACGGUCGUCGCGCGUAUACGUUAAGUGGACAAGUGGACAAGAAACAGCAGAGGCGACGCGACUGUCUGUUCCUACUACGAACGACGACGGGCAAGCUAGCUACUAAUCGUUGGUCUCUUCGAUUCGAAUCUACUUACUGUACGCGAGUGUCGCGAUAAAAUUCCGGAAAACAAAAGGGCUUGGCCGUUGUCGCGACACCGUUUCGGGGUUCGAUUCAGCUUGUUUGUGGGGCUCGGAGGAAGCCACCAGGAAUGUAGUGAUAUUUUUUGCUAUCGGGAGUGCCAAAUAGUGAUAUUAGUUCUUUUCCGGAACGAGGAAAUUUCCGGUUCGUCGUUUUUCCAGUGAAACGAAAUCAUACUCAUCAUCCAUUGCGUGCGUCACCCAUUUUCUAGAUAUUUUUUCCUCAUUGGUUGAAAUUAUUACUGUGAAGCAUAGAAAAGCUGGAAUUGAGUUGUUGGGAAAAAUAAAUGGUGGAUCUAUAAAACAAAGGAAAAAAAAAUCAAAGCAAAGAAGGAAGUUUGUGGUUUUAAACGAAUCCUCCGUGAAUUGUUCCGGGUUAAAAAGGGGUUACUCAAAGCCUCCCAGGAAACAUGUCGUCACUUUCGGCCAGUGCCGAAAAUCUGUCCAGUGACCAGAAUAACGACGGCUCCUCGAUGUGUCUGGAACUGGCUCUGGAAGGCGAAAGGCUCUGCAAAUCCGGUGAUUGCAGAGCAGGGGUGGCCUUUUUCCAGGCUGCAAUCCAAGCCGGAACGGACGAUUUGCGGACACUGAGUGCCAUAUACAGUCAGCUGGGGAAUGCUUACUUUUAUCUGGGGGACUAUGCCAAAGCAAUGCAAUACCACAAGCAUGAUCUUACUCUGGCACGCUCGAUGAACGAUAAACUCGGUGAGGCCAAAUCUUCUGGAAACUUGGGCAAUACCCUGAAAGUAAUGGGACGUUUUGACGAGGCUGCUAUCUUCUGUCAGCGACACCUGGCCAUCGCUCAGUCCUUGGGUGAUCGAUUAUCUGAAGGACGAGCCCUGUACAAUUUGGGAAAUGUGUAUCACGCCAAAGGUAAACAGCUGGGCCAGAAAGAUCCCGGAGAUUUCUCGGACGAAGUUAAAGAAUCACUCAUGCAAGCCGUAGAAUAUUAUCAACAAAAUUUGACCCUCAUGAAAGAGCUGGGUGAUCGGGGAGCUCAGGGAAGGGCCUGUGGCAAUCUGGGCAAUACAUACUAUCUUCUAGGGAACUUUGAAACUGCCAUCGAACAUCAUCAGGAACGGUUACGAAUUGCACGUGAGUUUGGCGAUAAAGCAGCUGAACGGAGAGCCAACAGCAAUCUGGGUAACUCACACAUCUUCCUCGGCCAGUUUGAGCAAGCUGCCACACAUUACAAGCGCACCUUAUCACUGGCAAUGGAACUCGGCGAACGAGCUGUCGAAGCCCAGGCUUGCUACAGUCUCGGUAACACCUACACUUUGCUAAGAGACUUCCCAACGGCUAUCGAUUACCACCAGCGCCAUUUGGCCAUCGCUCAGGAACUGGGCGAUCGGAUCGGAGAAGCCAGAGCUUGCUGGAGCCUCGGAAAUGCUCACUCAUCGAUAGGAAAUCACGAAAAAGCACUACACUAUGCCAAUUCCCACUAUCUACUAGCCAAAGAGUUGGGUGAUGUGGUCGGCGAAAAUACGGCCAAAAUGAACAUAUCGGAUCUGCGCAAAAUACUCGGCCUGCCGGAGCUUCCUUGCACCGAUAGUGCUUCCCUGUUGGCUGCGGUGGAAAACGAUACCGUCCAUGAACUGGUGGCUACCGGAAAUCAAAAUAAUACUCAGCUGAGUAGCGGCAGUGGUGGUAAACUUUCUGUCGGCGGUUUGGGAUCCAAGCAGCAUCGGGUCCGGCGACAGAGCAUGGAGCAGCUGGAUUUGAUCAAGUUGACACCGGAUGGCAAAAAGAUGGUGAACAAGCAGCAGCAACCUUCGGCGUUGGCACAAUCGGCAUUGGCUCAGGCACAUCAGCAGCAGAAAGAGGCAGGAACGCAGAAGAACAAACAAAACGAGAACAUCUUCAAGAACAACGACGAGGACUUCUUCGAGCUGCUCACCCGAUCGCAAAGCAAACGAAUGGACGAUCAACGCUGUACGCUUAAGCUAACCCAUGCGGAGAGCGUCGAUUCGGCUAGGAAACCAUUGACACAGCACAACAGUAAUAACUCAGCGGUGGCCAAAGAAAAUCGAAACGCACUGCUGGAGAUGAUAGCCGACUUCCAAUCGGAGCGGAUGGACGAACAGCGAGCCCUGUUGCCGGGCCUGAAACGCAUAUCGAUCAACAAUCCUGCCGGAGCCGGAGGUCAUCGGCCGUCCCUAGGGCUGCUGCCGGGGGGUGAAGCGGGUGGUGCCCCGAUUGACAACGCCAACAUCGAAGAUUCACUGCAGCAGCCAGGAAUUGCACCGAACGAUCCCCCAAUCGGAACCCCACCGGACGAUGCGUUCCUCGAUAUGCUGAUGCGCUGUCAGGGAUCCCGUAUUGAGGAACAGCGUUCGGAACUGCCCACUCCGAACAUCACUAUGGAUGCGGAAGCCACCGAUCGUCGAGCAACUGCCGGAAAUGCAAGUAACAGCGGAGCCACCGUACCAGACGAGGACUUCUUCUCGUUGAUCAUGCGUCUCCAGGGUGGCCGCAUGGAAGAUCAACGAGCAACGGUCCCUUUGAAUAACAAUCGAAAUCUGUUGAACAACAAUAACAAUAACCAAAUGAACAACCACAAUCAUUCCACCACCAGUAAUAACAACAAUGCCAACAGCAGCUCGAAUCCCACCAACGGAAAUGGAAACAGUCAACAGAAUGCCAGUAGCGGAGGCGGAAGUGGGAGUGCUAAAGGACUGAAAUGAUUUUACUCGUUAGAUCGAUAAGGAAUCGGAAUGAUUGCUGUUAUCGAUUAAGGAGGAAUCACAAUGCAUAAAGUUGUGUGUGAGUGUCUACUUUUAGAGACCUCGGAAUCGACUUGAGUUUCUUCUACAGAAUUCCUCGAGUCGGUUUGGAGAAAUGUUUUGAUGUCCUGAGUACGCUCUCGAUACGGAGCGAUAGUGUGUAAUCAAUCCGCGCCAUAUCUUAUUUCCUUACUUGGCUAAUCUACCAGUCGAUGAUCUGUUUGUUAGUUCUACAAGUGUGUUUAACCAAUGUCGUGUGACCUGUUUUCCGGUACGUGUCUCACGUAGAAAGAUGUUGUAUAUGUAUUGUUUUCAAUUUCUUCCACGCCAGAGGAUUUUUGUCCCGCAGACGAGUUCGAGUGUGCAUAUCCAUUAGUUUCUUUCCAUGCAUGCGUUCAUAAAAAAAAGUAAAAAUCAUUGUACAUAUAACAAAUUUAUACGUUAGGUUUUGAAUAUAUGAUUCCACCAUUUAUUUUUCUACCAGAUAUAUUUUACUAUACACUGCAUUUCUAUAGUUUAAGAAAAGAUGUAACUAUGCUCUGUUAUCAGAGAAAAAUUUCAAACCCCCUUUCGCCUAAAAAGUUUGCUUAACUUACCGAUUUUUCCACCUAUGUAGUAAUAUUAACAACUAAAAAGCUAACAAAAUUACUGGAGGAAAGGAGGGAGAGAGUUAAUAAGAAAAAUAUUGAUAACGAAGACUAACAGAAAAACCAUAUUUAUUAAAUAUUUCCACACAAAAUAUUAAACGAAAAUACAUAAACCCGAUAUUAUAAGGCAGUAGAAUGUUUUGUUAACUGUACCCAACUUGAGAGGAGAAUAAUAAUAACAAAUCAAAAAGACCAAACUACCGAUAAAAAUUAAAACUUUUUAGAAAACAGUUACGGUUGCUUUUCUCUUUGGACGUAAUAGUGAACAAAUAAAAUCUGUACUCACUCUCAGCUUAAAAUGAACAAAAGAAGCCAUUCAUGUAGGGGUGUAUGAAUGAAAAUGCUGAACCAGUGUAUGAUUGUUAAAGAAAAAAUCUUGUACGGUAUUUUCUAGGACGUUUGGGUUGAAUGAGGAU